AUGACAGAUAAGACUCAGAAUCAAGAAAAAAUUGAUGACAAAGUUGUUGCAGAAACUGUAAACUCAGCUCUAGAGCAACUACAUAUGGAUGAUGUUGAAUCACCAGAACCACCAGCUACGGGUGAUCAACCAACUCAGCAUGCACCAACGGCCAUGCAAUCUACCUCUCCAUCACACAUGUUCCCACCACCACAAAUGUACGGUUUUAUGCCCUAUUCGCAAAUGAUGCACAUGCCACAUCCACAGGGGUUUUUCCAUCCACCAGAAUUCCAAGAAAAUAUGCCCAAUCCCAGUGGCAAUGGAAGAAUUCCAACUGUGUUCAAUAACUCCAAUGAUGCUUCAAUGUUUCCGCCUCUCGGUGCUUCAUUCCCACCUCUUGGAGUGGUCCCAGAUGGAGAAAACAGCACUGGUAUAAAUGAUCCAUUUGUUCCAAGUAAUGAUCAGUUGUGGAACUCAUCAAACCUACAAGCCUCAGCUGCUAUUGAUGUCGCAGGCAACACAGGUGCUGUUCCAGAAGAUAAUGGAUCAAAACUAACUGAAAAAGAUGCAGCACCAACUGCUGGCGCAUUUAGAAGACAGACAUUUCAUGCAAUUUCUACUAGUACUAUUAGUGACUCAGCAAUAUCUGACGGUAUUCCAACGUCUGUAAACGACCUACCAGAAAAGAAUUUUGAAACUGCCAAGAAUAGAACACAAUCUAUUUCUUUCGAUAAAGCUGAUUCAACGCUAUCUGAAGGAAAAGACACGAAAGACACCGAAAAGGGUACCAAUGCCACUGCAGAUAUUCAAAACGUCCCAGUGAACUACACAGCCGCAUAUCCAUAUGGAGGACCUCCAUUUCAAGGCAGUCCCGUUCCAGGGGUUGGUCCACACCAGAUACCUCAUUCAGGCUAUGGUGUAAGAUCGCCGUUCCCAGGUGCAUUUGGCGAUUUCGGCGCUCCAUUCCAGUCAUUUUCACCAACUUUAGGAGGCCCAGCUCCUCCUAUGCAUCCACAUUCCCCAAUUCCUAUGACCCACUCACCUAUUCAAAUAGGCCCAAUGCCUGAGUUUAUGAAAGGUAUGCGUCCUGAAUCGGGAGAAGGAAAAAAGGAUGAGAAUGUUGCCAUGAUUCCACAAGGGUUUCCUGUCAUGCAACACCAGCAAAAUGGAACUCCCCCACCAUGGAUGUAUGGUAACCCAGCAUUUAAUGGCAUGAUGCCUCACUCAGCAGGGAUGAAUCAGGGCCCUCAAUCUCAAUAUCCAAGAUCAAAGGAUGGCAUGCACGACAAGCACGACAAAGGCCAUUACAAUAACAGACAUAGAGGUAGAAGAAACAACAAUUAUUACAACCAUGAAGACAGACAAAGAAAAAUGGAUAACUCUCAAUACGCUGAUGCGACAUUAGACCAAUUUAUUGGAAACAUUUAUUCGUUAUGCAAGGACCAACAUGGCUGCAGGUUUUUGCAAAAACAACUUGAUGUCCUUGGUAAAAAAGCAUCGGAUGCUAUUUUCGAAGAGACCAAAGAAUACACUGUGGAAUUAAUGACUGAUUCUUUUGGUAAUUAUUUGAUUCAGAAGCUUCUUGAAAGAGUUACAGACGACCAACGUGUCGAACUUGCCAAAAUAGCUGCUCCAAAAAUGGUUGAAAUUUCGAAGGAUCCACAUGGUACUAGAGCACUUCAAAAGCUCAUCGAAUGUAUAAGCACCAAAGAGGAAGCCGAAAUUGUCGUUAAAUCCUUGCAACCCGAUACUGUUAUUUUAAGUAAGGACUUAAAUGGUAAUCAUGUAAUUCAAAAAUGUUUGCAGAAGUUGAAUCCAGAAGAUUCACAGUUUAUCUUCGACGCUGCUGGCAAUGAAUGUGGUGAAAUAGCCACUCAUAGACAUGGGUGCUGUGUAUUACAGCGUUGUUUGGAUCACGGAACCAAGACUCAAUUUAAAGACCUCUGUGAAAAGCUACUGAAAUAUAUCGACAUGCUAACCUUUGAUCCUUUUGGUAAUUAUGUGGUUCAAUAUAUUAUCUCCAAAGAAACGGAGAGAAAUGAUUAUGACUACACUUACAAGAUAGUCAAUCAAUUGAAACCUAGAUUUACCGAACUUUCGGUACAUAAGUUUGGAUCCAACGUUGUUGAGAAGGUAUUAAGAACUCCUGUAGUAUCAGAAACUAUAAUAAAUGAACUGAUCAACGAAGGUAGUGCUGAGGUUCAAGCUCUGUUAAACGAUAGCUUCGGUAACUAUGUGCUACAGACUGCAUUGGAUAUUAGUCGCGACACAAAUCCUUAUAUGUAUAAGAAAUUGGUUGACUUGGUUACACCACUACUAGUUGGUAAUAUUAGAAACACUCCUCACGGAAAAAGGAUAAUGGGUAUCCUUAAUAUUGAAUAA